AUGGUGCAGAAGCGGAUGAUGUUCAUCGCCACCAUUUGCGUGUACAUCGCGGCGGUUAACAUACACAUCGUGCCGUUCAUCUCGACCGACGUCGCACACUGGUGUAAAAAGCCGCCGCAUUCCAACAUAUCCAAGGCCGACUGGAGGAAUGCCGCUAUUCCUUUGGACGCGUCUGGGAAGCCUAGCCAAUGCAGCAUGUACGAAAAUCCCGAGCAGCCCGACAACUCGACGACUGUGCUUUGCCCGGACUGGGAGUAUGAAGAGCGCUGGCCCAGGGAGAGCGCGGUGUCCACGUGGAACAUGGUCUGCUCGAGGCAAUCGCUCAUCACCGUCAUGAUCGUGGUCCAGAACUUCGGAGCCGCUUUGUGUGUGUCUGUAGCCGGAUACCUUGCGGACCGCAUCGGUCGGAAGUCUGUAGUGGCACCGUCACUGGUGGUCAUGCUGCUGUCGAUGGUAAUUCUGUGCGUUUCCACUGCUUACCCCGUAUUUGUAGCGACGUUAUUCAUCUCAGCGGGCUCCAAUGCCAUCGCUAUGACCGCCACCUGCCUGAUCCUCUUCGAGGUGUCCAUUCACGCACACAGGCCUCGGAUGAACAUCUUUGCCACAACGUUCGGCAUCCUCUCUUCUGAUCUGUCGAUGGCAGUUCUGAAGCGUGCCGGGCUAGACUGGCAGCUCAGGUUAGCGCUCUUACUCCUGCCAGCGCUGUUGGUGCUUCCAGCGUUCUGCUUCAUCGACGAGUCACCGCGCUGGCUUGUGGCAAAGUCCAAACUCCCCGAAGCGAAAACCACCAUGCUGGCAGCGGCCGAGGUCAACCACUUUCCUCUCUCGAACACGGUGAGCCUCCUGGAGAGACUGAAGACGGACAUCGACACCCCCUUUGGGGAACUUCCGUCGGCCCAGGCAGACAUGCUGGGCAAAGCGGCCAUCCGAAAGCACGCGGUGAUUAUAUUUGCCUGCAAUUUCACAACAGUCUUCGGUUACUACAUCACACUUAUUUCACCAAUCUGGAAACACGAUCCAGCGCUUCACUGGCUCGCGUUCGGGGCGGCUGUCUUGGCGUACGCCGCUACAGAUGUUCUCAUCAGAAGGGUAACUAUGCUAUCAACAAUCACCGGACUGCUCGGGCUUCUGUUUGGACUCCAUUGCCUACUAAGUAUCACAAUCGUACGCUCGCCGGUGAUCGUCAGCGAGGUACUGUUGGUGGGGACAAAGGCUUUAUAUGUAGUCACCUCCAUCAUUGUUCCUUGCUACUCCCUGGAACUCUUCCCGACCGCAGUGCGUGGCUUGACCGCGUGCUGCGGCUACGGCUGCUGUAUAAUCGGUGGCGCCAGCGCGGCCGCGGUGGCCCUUCUUCUGAACCACCAGAGACGUUACGAGGUCACGUUGGCUCUGCCGGCGUUGUUGCUCUUCGGCUCGUUGCUGGCCCUGUGUAGCAUUCCGCGUACCACGACGGUUGAGUGCGCCAAGGCGACCAUAGACUCUAACCCCGAAAUGACCAAUCAAGACGUGGGGCACAUGAAGAAAACAUUGGAUACGAAGAUGACGACUAUCUCCACUUCACGGAAGAGCAAGUCAAGCUUUAGGAAAAAGACGAGUGGUGGUCGAGGUAACUUGCCGUAG